AACAAUAAUUUUUAUCGAUACACAGAAAACUAUUUAAAAGUAAAAAGUAACAUUCAAAUAUUGAAGCAUAUCAACAGGCUUGCCGCGCUGACGUAUCGACUAGUCAGAACAAGUUUUGAAAUUUCGUAACUAAAAUGGCGUCACAGAAUAAGCUAUUCAAUGGCUGACGCGUUCUCUCUUUUCUACGAAUGAUUACAAGCAAGUGAGUCACCUCUCUACGAAAUUCUUGAUAAAAGCUUUAUAUUUUUUUUGUUGGACGUCUACCUUUCGUCAUCAAUUUGACGUAUGGCGAAAACAAGAUGGCAUUGCGUUACUUUGUUCCAUAUUUGCUCAAGUUCAUAGUCAUUUAUGAUAGUAAGACAUGUGAGAAAUCGAGUAAAAAAUAAAUAACGCACACAUAUACCUUUCUCUAAUUACACGACAUUUAAUUAUGAAGAUUGAAUGUCAUGCAAUAAUGACAACUCUUUUUAUUGCAUUUAAGUAUUUGCCAGUAUUAUAGCCUACUUUAUACGAAUCGGUAUAUUUCCAAAAGUUGGAAAACUUUUGAUAAUAAUAUCUGUGAAGUAUUUUUAAUAAGUUAAAAUGUCGGGUGGAGAAAGAAAGAAACGUGGCUGUGAUAGGGCACAAGGAUGGGAAGAAGCUGGUGCUGAGUUUUAUCAAGAAAGUUAUCCUGCUGCUAUAGAAGCAGAUUUACAACAAGCAUUGCAAAGAGAUCCUUCUCAUAUCGCAACUUUACUUCCCAGCAAAAAAUCUCGUGUUGCCACAGCUAAACGCAUAUGCAAUGAUACAAAAACAACGCUGAGAAGACGUACUAGUACUAGAUCUCGUGGUACGAGUACUGCAAGACGUAUGUCUACAAAUAUUCAUGAUGCAGCAGUUUCUAUGCUACCGGAUUUAUCUGAGAAUUUAUCCAACGAAGAACGCACAUGGGAAGAAAUAAUGCAGAUCAAAUCUAUGCCUGUAUCUAUGACACAGAAAAUACAAUUAAAAAAUCAGUUACAGAGCGCAACAAAGUUGAGAUUGCAGGGAUUCGAUCAAUUAAAGUGGCAGCAUAGGAAAGUUUGGCAACAAUUCCGUGCGAGAAUGAAAGAGGCUUAUUCCAAGAUGGAACUUUGGAACGAUAGUAUGAAAAAGAUUGGUGGUAAUUUUGGGAUGGGUAUUGUGGCAUAUUUUUUAUUUAUCAAAUGGUUAAUGUAUUUAAACAUAGUUUUAUUUUCAAUCAUAUUUUGUUUCAUUAUAUUGCCAACGAUAUUGCUGGAAGAACCAGAAAAGGAGAUGUGUUCAUCUAACAGUAGUGCGAGUGUAUCUUGUUGUUCCGAAUUGUAUUGGAACACGACUGACGGUAGUAAUAGUAUAGCAGACAUUUUAGAACACACAUUGUUAUUUUAUGGCUCAUUUACGCACAAAAUCUAUGGUGCAGAUGGUUCUUCCAUUCGUUACAAUUUACCAUUAUCAUACAUUUGUGCAAUUAUUACAGUUUUUAUUAUCAGCUUAGUGGCAAUUGUUAGAUCAGCUGCUAAAGGGUUUAAAGAAAGAGUUGUGGAAGGCGAAGGACAAUUCUACCAAUAUUGUAAUUUAGUUUUUGGAGGAUGGGAUUAUUGUAUUCAAAAUGAAAAGUCAGCAGCUGUUAAACACAAGGCUUUGCACAACGAAAUGAAAGCAUUUUUAGAAGCAGAAAGAUUAGAGGAAGAAAGGCAAAACCGUACGCGAGAAGAAAAAACUAAAUUGUUUGCCUUACGUUUUGUAGUUAAUAUAUUCAUUUUAUUAGUAUUAGGUGGCUGUGGUACGUUUAUUUAUUACAUUAUAGAAUUUUCUUUCGAUCAAGUUACGUCACAUUUAGAAGCGCAAAAUAGCGGUGGAAAAUACACACCUUUUGAUAAGAUUGUUCAUUUAUUUUUUGAAUUUCUUCCAUACAUUUGCAUUGUUGCUCUCAAUAUUGCAGUUCCAUUUUUGUUUCGAUAUUUAAUAGCCUUAGAAAAUUAUAAUCCUCUAUUCAUUAUACGCAUAACAUUAUUUCGUACUAUUUUUCUAAGACUUUCAUCUUUGAUUGUAUUAUUAACAUCUUUUUACAAAAUUGUUUCACCCAGAGUGUUAGAUGGAGAAUGUACAAAUAAUGAAAGCAGGCAACUGCUUUGCUGGGAGACAUUUGUCGGUCAGCAAUUCUUUAAACUUUAUAUCACAGAUUUUUUUAUACAAUUCUUCAUGACGUUUUUCAUUAAUUUCCCUAGAUCACUUUUAGCGCGUCAUACAGAAAAUAAAAUACUACGAUUCGUAGGCGAACAAGAAUUUGAUUUAUCCAAACAUGUAUUGGACAUUGUAUAUUCGCAAACAAUUUGUUGGCUCGGUUGUUUUUUUGCACCUUUAUUGCCAAUGGUAGCUGUAAUUGGUACCUUUUUUCUGUUCUAUGUAAAAAAGUUUGCUUGUUUAGUUAAUUGUACACCGUCUAGCAAAGUGUAUAGAGCUAGUCAAUCCAAUUCAUUUUUUAUGUUUAUUUUAUUAGUAUCUUUUAUUUUAGCCAUUAUUCCAGUUGGAUAUUCCAUUGCUGAAAUUAUGCCUUCAAAAUCUUGUGGCCCGUUCAAAGGCUUAGAGUCUGUUUGGACGUUGUUAACUUUGACAUUUUCGCAAUUUCCUUAUUGGCUUCAAUCUAUACUUUUUUUCUUAGGAACAGCUGGCUUCGGUAUACCAGCUUUUGUUAUUCUUAUUUUGCUUUUAUAUUAUUAUUAUGCGGUGUCUAUAGCAAAUAAGCACAUGGUUACAGUAUUAAAAAAUCAAUUAGUUUUAGAGGGCCACGAUAAACAAUUUUUAUUGAAUAGACUUAGUGCUUUUAUCAAACAACAACAAGAUCAGAAUAAAUACCAUCAGGACCAGACCAAUGAAUUAGGCACAUUUUCAUAAGUUAUUUACAUAUAUUUAUUAAUAUAAGAUCUAAUUAUUUCAUUCAAUGUCUGUAUUGAAAAUACUAGUCAUUUCCUAAAUGUACAGAAAAAUAGUUAUCUAUGUAAACCAAAGCACAUACCGUAUAUAUAUUAUAUACGUAAUAUACAUAUAUUAAGAAGUUAUUUACUUUGAAUCUUUGUUAUCGAUAUGACAAAUGAUAAAGACUGUUUAUUACCAUUUUUUAUAUUGCCUAUGAUAAAACCACGUACUCGAUACGUGUUUUGAUAUUUAGUAAUUUAUUUAUUAGAGUCCCGAUUUGUACAGGGUUUUAAAAAUGUCAUUAUUACGGAUAAUAUAUUAAGUAUUUAUCUAUUUAAUUGAUACUGCCAUAAAUAAUUAUUUAUAUCUAUCUAUCUCAAUUUCGAAACUUUACAUGUACUUUUAUAAAAUUCUAGAAAUCGUAAAAGUUAUUACAAAUGUUUUCUAUUUAUUACGUUCU